AUGGCUUCGAUUUCUCUUCCUCCGCAACAUCCCAUCACUCCGGCAUUCGCAGAUUAUCUUCGACCGCUCGAUCGCUCACCUGGCGGUCCCAGCCGCCGCAACCUGACCAUGUCCGCUCCGCUUCCAAACCCACCUUUUGUAUUCCCUGCACGGGGUCCUGACGACACGACGCCUGAGGCUUCAGCGACUACACGCGGAACACCUCCGCCGCUUCCGGCCUUUUCGUUCAAUCCAGGGUCCAACCACUCUGCACAGCCUUCGAUGCCAAAUAUUCCUAUAAAUAGGCCGGGUGGUCAUCGGCGACGGUGCAGCGAAUUCGUUGGCGGAGAUCGCUUAGCCAUUCCUGCGACCGUAGAGGCUAUUCAAGGCAACGAUGAAAGUUCGGGCUCAUUUUCUGCGAAACUUCCUGCUCCAGGACCCGGUUUCGGCGCGGGCACAGAUCUGGCACAAGAACGAAACUCUUCAGAUGAACCUGCACGACCCGUAUCACAAUCAGCUGCCUUCAUUUAUCGGCAGUCACCGCCAGUGUCUCCUCGAAUCGUUGUUGACACUGAGCCCGCGACUCCCGCCGAGCCACAUAAUGACACCACUAUCGUACCACCUGGCUACUCUUCCCCUGAACAGUCGCCUAAAUUUCUUGCGCCCGCAAGCUUAUCGAAUCCAGUCUUUUCCACUCGAGAUAGUGAAACCGUCGAGAUGAGUUCAGCAGCUGAGCUCAAGCUUUUCUUAAAGGAAAAGCCCAAGACUAGGCCCAGGACUGCCGACGCCUCUUUGAUGCUCGAUCAGAAUUUGGUCUCAGGUAUGGAGGAUGUCUCAUCUUUGAAGCGACCGCUUUCUGCUGCGGGACAUUCACGGAACCGUAAAAGUUUCUCCUCAGGCAUUCUUGAUCAUUUUGCGGGCUCGUCAAGGCGUUCUUCCUCGUCCAGCAAUACUGAGAGCACUUCGGAUACAUCUGAGCAUGAUGCCCGUUUGUCUUCGGAGUCUUCACAUGUGCAUAAGAGACUAUCCAAAGCCAAAAAGCGCCAGAAAAAAGUGCGCUCUUGGGCAGGUGCCAUCUUGACUAGGGGCAAGGCCAAACGCCAUGCCAAGAAGGACAUAUGUGAAGAAGUCCAGCCUUCUGUCCCUGCCCCUGUGAUUACACGGACCAAUUCCGACCUUGGCUCUGGACUAGACGUGGAUUUCGAUGACGACAACAUGGUUGUUAUUCGCACGCCUACUAACCCAGCUUCUCCAAACGCUCGUCGCCUCGCAUCUGAGGAAUCAGAUAUACCAUCCUUGGAGCAUUCUUGGAAGCCAAGGAGCUUUUAUGAGCAAACCUCCCAGAACGAUGCUCUGAGCCCAGUAAUUGACUUGGACGCAGCGUUGGGGCCUUUUAAUACCCCAGACAUGCAUUCAGGCCGCGUCGCGGAAAGUGGUUUCUCGGCAGCUACUAAGCGCAUGUACAGCGGCGGAAGGCGAGGUGAAUUCGUCGGCCCAGAGAUGCGUUAUCAUCGCCGUGCUGAGAGUGCUCCUGAGAUGCCACCCUUCGACCGCAGUUUCUUGGGAAGUAAUCGAUUCGUGACCAGUUCGACACUGGAAAAUCCAGAUGUGCUUUAUGAAGAAGAAGAAGAUGCCUUCCUUGCCGCUACAAGCGAAUCACCAGCCGAAAGUAAUGAGCGACCGCUCUCACAUGUCCUCAUGCCCACUUCGUGCGAUGAUGAUAGUAGAUCCGAGGAGAGCAAAAGCAGCUCCCACACCCUGACGACUUAUUCUGCGGUUGAGGAGCUCCAUAACGAACCUCAUACUGGUCUUGGUAUCCAGGAAACUGAGUCUACUGAGUCUAAAGUCUCGACCUCGGGCGCUGCUCCCUCCAUUCACGAGACCCUCAAACCCAACAGUGAAUCAAGCCCCAUUCACCAGUUACAAAACGCGGGCAAUCCCUUCUCUAAUACACUGAGCAACGUCAUGGACGUCAGCGAGCAAGAAACAUGGCAGCAUCGCAUGCACGUUCCUUCGAGUCCUGACGUCUCACCUCGGUUCAUGGCUGCUGAUCAUCGACCUGGUACCUCCCCGAUGGAGCUCACAUAUAAUAUCCCUCCAUUUUCUCUCCAGGGAGGCACAUCUCUGUCUAAUUCCUCUUUUCCGUCCCCCGACUUCACUGGCUGCUCAUCAGAUGCCCCACGGUCGAUAACCACUCCGUCAACAAGUGACCGAAAAUUCUCGAACCCUUCAUACAAUACGUCAAUGGACCUUCCACAGACGUCAGUUGAGGAUGUGCCCUCUCUUACCAGCAGUGCAUCCACCACGACGAAUACACCUCACAGGUUCUCUGGGACAUUCUUCGGGCGUCCUCGGCUGUCUUCAGACCGUUCUGCAUCUUUCUCUGCGGUUGUGCGCCGUCGCACCAGCCGGGCCAACAGCUAUAAGAGGUCUAGUCUCGCUAGUCUUUCCAAAUUGGUCGUUGGUUCUCAGGGAGAAAAAAGCAAACUCAGUCACGAAGAGAAGCCACCCGAAGAUGAACCUGAAAAAUCCAAGAAAAAAGCUCACCGGAUCAGUCGUUUGAUGCACUUCUGGAGAACCAAGGAUAAAGAGAAGUCGUCCCAACACGGGGUUCAAACAGAGCGACAAUUAUGA